AUGGUCUACCAGUCAUUGUACGUUAGCCUUGCUAGUCCAGAUGAGUAUCGUCUACUCUCUGAUCUUCGACACAACUACGAUCCUUACGAGCGUCCUGUCGCUAAUUCCUCUGAGCCAUUAGUUGUAAGCGUUAAAAUAUAUCUACAACAAAUUUUGGACGUUGACGAAAAGAAUCAAGUGAUUACUCUCGUCGCAUGGAUAGAAUAUCAGUGGACAGAUUAUAAGCUGAAAUGGCAUCCAUCUGAAUACGGUGGUAUUAAAGAUAUUCGUAUACCAGGUAAUGCAAACGCAAUAUGGAGACCCGAUGUGCUUCUGUAUAACAGUGCUGAUGAAAAUUUCGAUUCAACAUAUCCCGUUAACUAUGUGGUCAGUCAUACUGGCCACGUGCUGCAAGUCCCUCCUGGAAUACUCAAACUCUCGUGCAAGAUCGACAUCACCUAUUUUCCAUUUGACGAUCAAAUGUGCCAUUUAAAGUUUGGUUCGUGGACCUAUAGUGGAAAUUUCAUUGAUUUACGCAUUAAUGGGCCCGAGGGAAUGAACAUAUCCGAGCAGGGCAUGGACAUAUCAUACUAUGUUGAGAAUGGAGAGUGGAAUUUACUGGGUUUGUCUGAUUAUUGUUAUAGUGUUAUAUUUUACGAUCCAUAUCCUUCCAUAUAUUUUUAUCUUAUCAUUCAAAGAAGAACACUGUACUACGGUCUGAAUUUGAUCAUUCCCUCACUUUUGAUAUCGCUCAUGACUGUUCUUGGAUUCACUCUGCCUCCGGAUGCUGGCGAAAAAAUUACUUUGGAGAUUACUAUUCUUCUCUCAGUGUGUUUUUUUCUUAGUAUGGUUGCUGACAUGACUCCACCCACAUCAGAAGCAGUGCCAUUAAUUGGUGCAUUCUUUUCGUGUUGCAUGUUGGUCGUAUCAGCGUCCGUUGUGUUCACAGUACUUGUGCUUAACCUACACAAUAGAAAACCGGAAACUCACGAGAUGAGCCCAUUCUUACGUGACUGCUUGUUGAUUUGGCUUCCUUGGAUUCUAAUGAUGCGUCGACCAGGCACUACUGUGUUCAACCGCAAGGAAAUAAAAGUGCGAAUAUUUUUUACUCGAGAACUCUUAAAUAACCUCAAGGAAAACAUUCUGCGGAGAUAUAAAAAUGUUUCUAAAAUACUUGUUGGUUUCAAAUCAAACUCAAUGGACUACUUUUUAAAGGACGAGCAAGCAGAGAAUGAUUGGAAGUUCGCAGCAAUGGUGGUGGAUCGGUUGUGUUUAUUCAUAUUUACAAUAUUUAUCGUUGUUUCAACUUGUGGAAUUAUGUUUAGUUCUCCACAUCUGAUCGCCUAG